CAACUAAUUAGGCUAAUGGCUUCUCAGACAAUUGACAGCCACAGGGAGGGCGCCGAGGUUUUCAAGGGAGAUGAAAUCUGCAGGAAGAAGUCGAUUGAAUUGCUCGAAGAGCUCUGCCUUCCAAAGGGUCUGUUUCCCUUGGAGGACAUUGAGGAAUUCGGCUAUAACCGCACUUCUGGCUUCAUAUGGCUGAUUCAGAAGAAGAAGAAGGAUCAUGUCUUCAAGCAGAUUAAGAGAGCUGUGUCCUAUGCUCCGGAAGUUACUGCCUUUGUUGAGAAGUACAAAUUGAAGAAGUUGACUGGUGUUAAGACGAAGGAGCUCUUGUUAUGGCUCUCUGUUGUGGAGGUCUAUUUGGAAACCCCCACAUCUGAGAAACUCACCUUCAAGACUGGAACAGGACUCUAUGAUAGCUUUAUUGCUUCUGCUUUUGAGCUGUAGAGCUAUCUGAUA